AUGUCCCACAACACCACACAGCCAGCCCCAGGACUCAAUAAACGAUCGCAAGUGUUGAACGGAGUAAACAUCAUAACCAAGAAAUCCGACAUCAUCAAUCUAUCGUCGUUGUCAUUCUUGUUUUGUGAGAUUGUUGACUGGGAGAGGAAACAAUCAAAGAAUAUACAAGAUCUAGAGAACCGAUUGAAUGGUUUAGGAUAUCAAAUAGGGCAGCGGUACCUUGAACUUGUCAAAAUAAAAGAAGGGUUCAAGUUAAACAAACGUGAGAUUAAAAUUAUCGGUAUCUUACAAUUCAUUCAUGGACCUUUUUGGAAAACCAUAUUUGGUAAAGUAGCCAACGAAUUGGAGAAAUCUCAAAAUAUUGCUAAUGAAUAUAUGAUUAUCGAGAAUGUACCGAUGUUGAAUCGAUUUAUCAGUGUACCGAGUGAUUAUGGUGAUUUGAAUUGCUCAGCAUUUGUUGCUGGUAUAAUUGAAGGGGCAUUGGACAGCAGUGGGUUUAGUGCUAAUGUAACGGCACAUAAUGCUGAAUCAGAGCAAAAUCCAUUAAGGACGGUGUUUUUGAUCAAAUUUGACCAACUGGUGGUAACCAGAGAGAAUUUGCGGUCGUAG